AUGCCAGCUUUACUAGGCAACACCUCCGGUGUAAUAUCCUACCGAGGUUGCAAUACUACGGUAACCAAGUCGCAUAGCUUCAAUGCCUCUAGCUUGAAGUAUAUCCAAAAACCGGUAUGCCGGAAGUUGGAAAUCAAUUUCGCCGCAGUCAUGGGCUGCGUAUAUAAUAUACAAGGAGAUGACGGGACUUCAGUAUGGGAAUUUGACCUCGAUGGUGGGCUCAUAGCCCUGGGACUAGCUAAUAUUGCCUCCGCCCAAAUCUAUGAGAAGGUCAACAACUCGGAAGAUGUCACAGUGAGAUGGGUCGGCAACACGCCAACAUUCAAUUCGGGGACGACGUUCGGACUUCCUUGGCCCCGAGGAAAGUACCCGGCAAACCAGACCAUAUUCAGUGGUCUAGGAGGCAAUAAUGGUGACUCGGUUCGGUUAGAGUCAUGGAUAACCGCGUACUGGCCAGAUGACACCAUCAAAUGGACAGGGCACGCAUUAGGCGGGUCCGAGAAGGUCUACGAAGAAUACAAGAUUACCGCAUCCACCAAUACUAGGGGUAACACGACCAGACGCUCCAGUCCGGCUCCCCAAUCAAAGCUGACCGUUCGCGACUCCAACGACGAGGUUACUGUUGACACCGGGAAACUUACUGCGACAUUCCCAAAGUCCGGUAGCACGGUCCUGGGCUUGAUCAAGACGGCAAGCGGCAAAAUUGUAGGGCAGAAUGGUCGACUGAUACUGCGGUCUCAGUCUGGUAUCGAGGACGAUGGGGAGAAAACAACUUCAAUUGAGAAGCUAAGAUUCGAAAGCAACAUUGAGGAAGUCACCGUCAACACUACCGAAGAUAGCAUAGUCAGGAGUUUGGUAGCUGUUCGUGGAAAACACCAGACGACAUCGGGUACUCGCGAUAACUGGCUACCAUUUAUUCUUCGCUUUUACCUAUACGCGGACUCUGAUGCCAUUCGUGUUGUUCACACACUUAUAUUCGACGGCAAAGCCGACGAGGAUUUCGUCACGGGAAUUGGAAUCCAGUUUGAUGUCCCUCUAGCAGGUGAGGAAUUGUAUAACCGCCAUGUUAGGCUAGCUGGUCAGGAUAGGGGACUCCUGAGUGAAGCGGUACAAGGAAUCACAGGACUGCGAAGAGACCCUGGCGAGGAAGUUCGGAAUUCCCAGUUCAAGGGCGAAAAGACACCCGAUAUCUCAUCCUGGGAUACCCGCGUCUCCUCCCGAUUAAAAUGGAUCCCCUCAUGGAAUGACUAUAGCUUAACUCAGCUAUCUCCGGAUGGAUUUACAUUGAAGAAGCGCACAAAGGCCGGUCAUAGCUGGGUCAAGAUCCCCGGGGGCACACGAGCUGGCGGUCUUGCUUAUCUCGGCGGUGCUACGCAAGGUGGUCUGGCAGUCGCUCUUCGCGAUUUCUGGAAGAAAUAUCCAACGAGUCUAGAUAUAUCCAAUGCGGCUACGGACGUUGGCCAGAUUACCUUAUGGCUAUACAGCCCUGCUGCCGAACCCAUGGAUCUCAGGCCAUUCCAUGACGGCCUAGGCGAAGACACAUACGACGACCAACUUGAUGCUCUUGAGAUCACCUAUGAGGAUUACGAGGGAGGCUACAACACACCAUACGGCAUCGCUCGGACUAACGAAAUCUUCUUAUUUCCAUUUGACAGCACACCCUCCGCGGAUACACUAGCUUCUCUCACAGCCCAUGCAAACGAGCCGCCCGUGCUUGCAGCCGACCCGGCAUAUAUUCAACGGACGAAAGCUAUCGGGUCGUACUGGGAGAUGAUUCCUGAUAAUUUGACCGAGUCGGCGCGAACGAUUGAAUCGCAUCUUGACUUCUUGAUCAAAUUCUACCAGGACCAAGUAUUCCAGAGACGAUGGUAUGGAUUUUGGGACCACGGCGACAUCAUGCAUACCUACGAUGAGGAUAGACACACCUGGCGCUACGACAUUGGAGGAUAUGCGUGGGAUAACUCGGAACUUUCUCCCAACCUUUUCUUUUGGAACUACUUCUUGCGCACUGGUAGAGCGGACGUAUACCGAUUUGCGGAAGCACACGCGCGACACACCGGCGAGGUAGAUGUGUAUCACAUCGGCCCUUUUAAGGGUUUCGGCACUCGUCACGGUGUCCAGCACUGGGGCGAUAGCUCCAAGCAGAUCCGCGUAUCAACACCUAUUUACCGGCAAGUAUUCUACUACUUAUCCGGCGGUGACGAGCGAACAGGAGAGCUCCUGCACGAGCUUAUGGAUGCCGACCAGGCCUUCCUCACCGUGGACCCGCGACGCAAGGUCCGCCAGGAUAACGGCACCUACGUAAUCGACCCGACCGCUCUGGAUUUAGACGUCGGUCUCGACUGGUCGGGUCUGGCUUCGACCUGGUUCCUCGAGUGGGAGAGGCGCGGCCCGCGAUGGGAAGAAGCACGGUCGAAGCUUAACACGACCAUGCACAGCAUUGCAAAUCUGAAGAACGGCUUUGUUACGGGACUAGGUCUUUACAAUCUACACACGGGCGUCAUCUCACCUCCAGCCACCGAUCCGAAGAAUCUCGGCCACGUGGAGGUGUCGCACCUCCCCGCGAGCUUCGGAUUGCCGGAAAUCAUCUCGCAGCUGGCGGACUACCUAGGAGACGACCUGCCAGCCGGCUUCGAGCAGGCGUGGUUGGAUUACUGCUACUACUACGGCGCCGGGGCCGCGGAGCAAACGGCACGAUAUGGAGUCAGCUUCGGCAAACUAAACUUGAAGCAGGGGCACUCGCGGCUGACGGCGUACGCAGCUAAGAAGCUAGACAACUCGACGCUGGCAGCGCGCGCGUGGAAAGAGUUCCUCAGCACGGACGGGUUAUCGCCGUCGUUGCCCUGGGCGAGCGAGCACCUGAAUGGAAGCCAAGUUCUGUCACCGGUCGACGAGGCGGCGUGGGUUUCGACCAACGAUGCCGCGCUCUACGGACUGGCCGCAAUUGAAAAUCUGGCCCAAAUCAGUUAUGCGUUGUAA